AUGGCCACUAACGGAAAACAGUCAUCCGCAGUGAAAAACACCUCCAAUGAGAGCUCUGACAAGUUGCCCCAGCUCACAUUGAAGAGCGUUCUUAGCGACGUUUACAAUGGCGCUUACUUUAUGGUGUUUGACCCACAAGCGUGCAAAGUGGCUGCGCCAAUAGUUGUAUCUGUGGCAUCUAUUCUUUGCAAGAUCGUCAUUUCCAAAGUCAAUUAUACCGAAAUUGACUUUUCCACCUACAUGCAGCAGAUUGAGCUAGUCAAUGCUGGAGCUCUUGACUACUCGCUUAUUGAAGGUGACACGGGACCCAUUGUGUACCCGGCUGGCUUCAUUCAAGUGUACCAGUUGUUGUACUGGCUUACUGAUGGCGGUGUCAACAUCCAAAUUGCCCAAAAGGCUUUUGGCUACCUUUUCGCCAUCACUGUAGCAUUUACAUGUGCAGUGUACACUAUGGUGGGUAACCUUCCUCCUUGGCCGUUGUAUCUUCUUCUUUGCAGCAAGAGAUUGGUGUCCAUUUACGUUUUGCGUAUGUUCAACGACUGUUUCACUACAUUGGGUAUGGUAUGUGUCGUUUUAUUGCUUCAAGUGGCGUCUUACUACGCAAAUACAUUGUCUGACGGCUCCAUGCUCCUUCUUUGCGGAGUGGCCGCCGAUGUUUUCAGCAUGGCCAUUUCUGUCAAGAUGAAUGCUUUGUUGUACUUGCCUGCGUUCAUUAUCGUCGUUUAUUUUCUAGUUGGAGAACGCCUUUUGCGCCUUGCUGGCGUGUUAUUGGUGAUUCCGGCCGUGCAAGUUCUUAUUGGGUGGAGAUUUCUUUUGCCCUUGUUUUGGGAUGAGGAGGCUCGCUACAUCAGAUGGACUUACCUCUCCCAGGCGUUCAACUUUGGCCGUAAGUUUUUGCACAAAUGGACUGUCAACUGGAAGUUUGUUCCUGAAGAAAUUUUCCUUUCGGACGAGUUUGCAUUGGGAUUAUUGGCCGUGCAUGUUAUACUUUUGCUUGCGCUCAUUUUGGUUCGUUUCCUCUCUCCCAAAAUCAUCAAGAAGCCCUUAUCGAAACUUGUCAAGGAUGCCAUCUACUCCCCUUGCACGAAAACCACAGCACCAGGAAACUUGCUCUUGACCAAGGCUCUGGGACCACGCUUAAUUCUCCUAAUGUUUGCCACCACAAACUUAGUUGGUGUAUUAUGUGCGAGAUCAUUACACUAUCAGUUUCUUUCCUGGUACUGUUGGCUGCUUCCAUUUUUGCUUUAUGUAUCGGGCUCAAGUUUGCCUAUUGCAGCUACAAUUUUUGUCGCUCACGAGUCGUGCUGGAAUGUUUAUCCAUCCACUCCGGAGAGUUCUAAAAUGCUAGUUCUUCUUUUGGCCACAACCCUUUUGGCUGUUGUCAUCAACAAUGACAUUUGGGGCAGUGCUACAGACGCAGAUUCUGAAGAAAAAAAGACUAGAUAA